AUGAUUUUGAAGGCGAAUGGGCGACUACAGUCCUGCUCUUGCUACUCAAUUGAUAGAAUUAGCCGGCAAUAUGUGUCUAGUACCGUAACAUUCACGGCAAUCGAUAGACCUCCUAGCGCAGGACCUAUACAAUCAAAGAAGAUUGGGAAGUUAAAAGUACCUCUAUUGAAGAGUCCGUCACACUUUGGUCAUUUCACAUCGAGGGUUAGUCGUAUGUACAAUGAAGACAGAUAUAGUGCUAGUAUAUUGGAGUUUCCAAAUGAUAGACUCGUAUUUAACUUCAAUAUUUUUGAUGGCCAUGGAGGAGAUCAAUGUUCUACAUAUCUUUCUACCCACCUUUCGGAAGCAAUUGAAGCCGGAGAUCUGCUAAUUAGUACGAAGCAGGAUAAAGAAAGAAAUGAACUUAUGAAGAACUAUUGGAAAAACAUCGGAGGCUAUUGGAAGAGGUGGUAUAAACACAGAAAAGAUAAUUUCAAUUCAAUGAUAAAUGACAAAUCUAGAAUUAAACUCAAAGAAAUAGAGGAUUCUAAGGAUGAUUGGAACUUUCGCUUGCCAAUGACCUUUUUAAAGACCGAUUAUGAUUUCUUUCUGCAUGAUGGAGAUGCCGGGUCCACAUGUACUUCUGCAUUUAUUGAAACAAUAUAUUCCAAAGAGAGCAAUCAACUUACUAGAAGCUAUUACUUUAACAGAGGAACUAUAUCUAAGCUCACUAUUGCACACGUCGGUGACACGAAGGCUAUUCUAGUGGACAGACAUGGUGAAGCUCAUGCAUUAACUCAAGCACACCAUCCUUCAAAUCCAAUGGAAAGCUCUAGACUUAGAAAGUAUGCUGCUGGAUUUAUGACGGACUCUUUUGGAGAGGAGAGAUUUGUCUCUUUGGCUAAUACUCGUGCGUUUGGCGAUGUCAAUUUCAAGCAAGUUGGGGUGUCCGCUGAGCCAGAUAUAUCGGAGUAUAUUAUAGGUGAUGCAGAAGCUGUACGCAAAAAGCUAACUCCCCAUGAGAUUGAAAGCUACACGUUAGCGGGGCUAGGAGGUAAUGAGAGUUUCCUUGUUCUUUGUAGCGAUGGAGUCACAGGCGAAUUGACCGACCAGGAAAUUGCAGAUAUAGUAAUGUCUAAUUAUAACUUGAGAGGGAACCCUCGGGCAAGUGCACAAUUGUGUGCCGAAGAGGUGGUUAAAUUUGUUGAGUAUAUAGGUGGAGAUGACAAUGCUACUUGUCUAAUUAUAAGGUUGAAUGGAUGGGGAAAGUGGCCCGAAGUUGAUAGAACAGGCGAACUAAGACAAAGGAGAAUGGAUGAUUACAACCCUAGGUCAAGAGGCUAA